UUCCCUGCUGGGAGCACGGGUCGGGGUGGACUUGGAGCUGUCGGGGCUCGGCUGACUGCGGCGCGCUCGCUCAGGCAGCUCGGCGACUGCGGCUCCGCGAGCUCAGCCCCUUCUGAGGACCAGAAGAACCUCAGUCUGAGGAUUGGUGACCCAGACUUUGGGUGUGGCUGGUAGAGUUUGCCUUUGAAGUGAGGUUAGGCUGAAGGAGGGAGCUGCCUGCCUUAGUUCCCUCCGCCUGGAGGUGAUGAGUGUGGUGACCAGGGGUUUAAAGAAAUCUGAUUCUCCUAAAGGAAUAGCCCUAUCCAGUCUAAUUUCAUAAUGUCUAGUACUGUGAUGAGUUGGAUUUUCAAUUCAGCCAGAAGCAGCAUUGCCACCUUACAAGGGAAAGGACAUUUGUAUUCAAGAUGUGUCCAAAACAGGAAUAAGUUAAAGUGGAAGAUUUUUUCUAAAGAGCUAUUUAAAUCAACAGCAGUAGACUGUGGACCACACAAUAAUAGCCUUUUUCUACAAAAAGCUUUCAGGCACACUUCCACUGAAGAAGAUGACUUUCAUUUGCAGCUCACACCAGCCCAGAUAAGUGAGGUCUUGAGAGCUGGUGAAUCAUCACAUAAAAUUCUCCAAUAUGAGGGCAAACUUCCUAAUCCAGUGUUAAGGUUUGAAACUAACCAGUUGGCUGCCAACUCUCCAGUCGAGGACCGUGGAAGUGUCGUAUCUUGCCUUCAGACUAAAGGAAUGAUGUUUGGUGUCUUUGAUGGGCAUGGGGGCCAUGCAUGUGCCCAGGCAGUAAGUGAAAGGCUCUUCUAUUAUGUCGCUGUGUCGUUGAUGUCUCAUAAAACCCUGGAGGUGUUGGAGGAUGCCAUGGAGUAUAUGAAGCCUCUCCUGCCCAUCCUGCAGUGGCAUAAGCACCCAGGUGACAGUAUUUACAAGGAAGUUACUUCUGUGCACUUUGACCACCUCCGAGUCUAUUGGCAAGAGCUGCUGGACCUGCAUAUGGAAAUGGGGCUCAGCAUAAAGGAAGCUUUAACAUAUUCCUUCCAGAGACUGGAUUCUGACAUCUCUCUGGAAAUUCAGGCUCCCUUGGAGGAUGAAAUGUUGAGAAACCUCUCCCUCCAGGUUGCAUUUUCUGGUGCAACAGCGUGUAUGGCUCAUGUUGAUGGGAUUCACUUGCAUGUGGCGAAUGCUGGGGACUGUCGUGCUAUACUUGGUGUGCAGGAAGAGAAUGGGGCAUGGUCUUGUCUGCCCCUUACCCGAGACCAUAAUGCCUGGAACAAAGCUGAGCUCUUAAGGCUGAAGAAGGAACAUCCAGAGUCUGAGGAGAGAACUGUUAUUGUGGACGAUAGGCUUUUAGGUGUUCUCAUGCCUUCCAGGGCAUUUGGUGAUGUCCAGUUAAAAUGGAGUAAAGAAUUGCAGCAGAGUGUCCUCCAGAGAGGUUUUGACACCGAGGCUUUGAAUAUUUACCGGUUCACCCCUCCUAACUACUACACACCGCCUUAUUUGACGGCAGAACCAGAAAUCACUUACCACAAAUUGAGACGUCAGGAUAAGUUCCUCGUCAUGGCUUCUGAUGGACUGUGGGACUUGCUGGGGAAUGAAGAUGUGGUUAGGCUUGUUGUGGAGCACCUUGAGGAGGCAAAUAGGCAGAAACCUGAACUGACUGAGAAACCGGCUAAUCUGGGCCUCAUGCAAAGCGUGUUACUCCGAAGAAAAGCCAAAGGCAUCCUUGCCCCUGACCAAAAUGCAGCCACUCAUCUAAUUAGGCAUGCCAUUGGAUGCAACGGAUAUGGGGAGAUGGACCAAGAGAGGCUGUCAGCCAUGUUGACAUUGCCCGAUGAUUUAGCACGGAUGUAUAGGGAUGAUAUCACAGUUACAGUGGUUUAUUUUAAUUCAGACUCAAUUGACAUGUUUUAUAAGAGGAGUGAAUAAGUUUUUUCCCCUCUUCCCGCCGACUGCAAAAGUUUAUUUAAAUGUUAUGAUAUAAAAUUUUUUUAUGUUUAAGCUGUCAUGUUUGAACUGUUAGAAAUGCAAAGAAAUGUUAGUGCAAAUAUCUGCUGAAAAUAUUUAACUUAAUAGAUUAGACUAAAGUUGAACAUACAAGUUAAAGGUGGUCUCCAUUGUGUUAUCUUUCCAUAAGCACAAAAAACCCCAGUUUGAAGUUAGAGCAUAGCCUAGUUUAACAAAUAGGUGUUUUGUUUUUUAAAUAGUAUUUAAAUUAAGAAAAAUCUGAUGUUGAAUAAUGAUUGGAGCUUGAGUUAUGUAAAAAACUGAUUCUUGGGUCAUAGUUUCUUUAAAAGUGGAAGUAUACUGUGAUCGUCUUAGGUUACAUCCCUAUACCUGUGAACUUACCAGUCACAAUUCACUGUUAGAGACUUAAUGGGCUGUGAAAGGAGUUUUCAACAUUACUGAUUUGCAUGGUUUACAAAGCAUACUAUAGGACCCUUGUUCUAUUCAGUAUUGUAACAUUUAGACUGGCCUUGUGAAUACAUUUUGUGAUGACAUGUUCUACUUAUUUUUUAGGCCCUAGAAAAUUGAUUGUACAAACUUGCAAAUAGAUCUUGCAUGUAUGCCUUAAAAUAUGAAGGGACAUUUAGUCCCACUUUUGCUAAGGCCUUCACGUCAAAGGCCUUUAUUUGUAGAACCUUUUCCCUAUGCUGCCCUCCGUUUCUCUCCAGAGUAGACAGUUGAAUAAUUAUGCAAAUGAAUUCUGAUGAGAUCAUCAGGAUAUCUCCUAGCUUCUGGCAAAGACUUAAGUAGGCGUAAUUUCCCCUGUCUAACUCAAGAUCCCCAUCUACCUUGAGAUAUCCAUCCAGCUAUGAGAGUUAUUCAGCUUACCUCUUAACUUUGACCAAGCCUUCUGUUUGCUGUUGCUGACAACGUAAAGGAGAAAUGAUGUGGAGGGGAA